UCCCCUCCCCCCCGCAGCAUGUUCUCGGUGCUCUCGUACGGGCGGCUGGUGGCCCGCGCCGUCCUGGGGGGCCUCUCGCAGACCGACUCCCGCGACUACAGCCUGGUGACGGCCAGCUGCGGCUUCGGCAAGGACUUCCGCAAGGGCAUCCUGAAGAAGGGCAUGUGCUACGGCGACGACGCCUGCUUCGUGGCCCGGCACCGCACGGCCGAUGUGCUGGGCGUGGCAGACGGUGUCGGAGGCUGGCGAGACUACGGGGUCGACCCGUCUCAGUUCUCAGGGACUCUGAUGCGCACUUGUGAACGUUUGGUCAAGGAAGGACGGUUUGUGCCCAGCCACCCGGUGGGGAUCCUCACGGCAAGCUACUGUGAGCUGUUGCAGCAUAAGGCGCCCCUGCUCGGGAGCAGCACGGCCUGCAUCGUCGUCCUGGAUCGCAGCACCCGUCGCCUGCACACCGCCAACCUGGGCGAUUCCGGCUUCCUGGUGGUCCGGGGGGGCCGCGUGGUGCACCGCUCCGAUGAGCAGCAACACUAUUUCAAUACCCCCUUCCAGCUCUCCAUCGCCCCACCCGAAGCCGAGGGCGUGGUCUUCAGCGACAGCCCGGAUGCUGCUGACAGCAGCACCUUCGAUGUUCAGCUGGGGGACAUCAUCCUGACGGCCACAGAUGGGCUCUUUGACAACAUGCCGGACUACAUGAUCCUCCAGGAGCUGAAGAAACUAAAAAACUCAAAUUACGAAAGCAUCCAGCAGACGGCCAGCAGCAUCGCUGAGCAAGCCCACGAGCUGGCCUACGAUCCAAAUUACAUGUCUCCCUUUGCACAGUUCGCAUGUGACAAUGGACUGAAUGUAAGAGGUGGGAAACCCGAUGACAUCACUGUUCUUCUCUCUAUAGUAGCUGAAUACACAGACUGACCAGCUGUGACACUCUGCUUUUAAAGACUGGUAUGUCUCCAGCUGUUCUCAGCUUCACACGCACUAUUUUCCUGCGGGCAGGAAGUCUCUUCUCUUUCUCUGCAUCUGACCUCAGUGGCUAAUCACACCUUAGGCCCGUUGCCUGUUUUAAGAUGCAGCCAAGACCCCUGGCCCAAAAACCUCAGCUGGAGGACACCUGGGGACACCUCCAAGCAAGAAAUGAAGAAUUUUCAAUACUUGAAGCCUGUCUUUCAAAAUUGACUCAGAGUUAUCGCGUAGAAAGCGGGGUGGGGGAAGGGGGCUGAAGAGGGAAUAACCUUUUUACUUAUUACGGCUCUGAAGAAAAGGCGAGCAAACAAGAAUGUCAAAUUGGCUCUGCGUAGUUUUCAAACGAAUUCUGGGGAAGGGGUCUUUUUUGUUCGUUCCAAAAUCGGCAAACAGAACCUCCGAGAGGUCCUGAGAAAGGUAUUGCUGGAAAAAGGCCCAUUUCUCAACAGCGGCAGGUCAAUCCGUCCUUAACAUGUUGGAAAACUUGCGUUUGCCACUGAAUUCUCCAUAGGCUUUCCAAGUGCAGCGCUCGAUACAUUUUGACCUGGGUGACUUGAAAGUUGUGCUGGCUGGGGGGGGAUUCUGGGAGUUGAAGUCCGUCCAUCUUCAAGUCACCCAGGUUGAAAAAUAUUGGGUCUGUGUGAUGUUAGCCAGGAGCUUUUGUUACUCAAUUUGGAACGCACAACUCGUCUUGAAUUGUGGUGCGCAUGUGCGAGAGGGAGAGAGUUUGUGAAGGUGCUAAACUGUUAUUAUACCUGGCAUGGCCACACGGGGCCCUUUCGUAGCUCGAGUUUUUCUGCCAGAUCAUCGCCUAACUCUCUUCAGUUGCAGAGAAGCGUCGAGGGAGGUUGAACCCCGGUUCUGAGUUGGGGUCCCAACAGCAGCCGUCACGCUGCGCGAGCAAAACCCGAAUGGGCAGCAUUUGUGUUUGGGUGGUGGGUUUGGGUCCUCGAGAAAGUCCAUGUUUACAGGGCUCUAAUUGCUAAUUGGCAAUAUCAUAGAAUUGUAUUGUUAUUUCUUUUUUUUUGCAUCAACACACACUCAGUUCAAUUUUCUCAGUAGCUAUAAGUUCCCCUAGCCCGUUUUUCUAAGCUUGUGUUAAAAAAAAAAAACAGCUGUUUUUAUUUAUACAUAACGCCUAGAGGUAUGUAUAAAAAUCUCGGUCAGUUUUUCAUAAUGUUUUUUUUUUUUUGGUUGUUGUUUUUGCCUGUGGGAGAAACAAAAGUCCUUUGCAACAAAAAGCCAUGUUUUAUACAGCAAGUUGGGUCACAUUGAUGUUUAGUUGAUAAUCUCGGCGAGUAAAAGCAACCGUCCUUUUUUUAAAAAACAAACAAACAAAAACUCACAAAAAAGGGGUUUUUUUUACUGCCAGGUUUAUUCUGUUAAAACUGUACGUUUGAGGUUACCUCAGCCUGUUUUAAAUAUUAUUUUUUUGGUGGUUGUACUGUACAUUUGCAUAAUUGUCUCCGGCUUUUAUUUAUAAUUUAACAUGUACCGUGUACAUGUGGCUCGUUUCAAUGCAUCCUGCUUCUAACAGGCAUUUCAUUUGCGAUGAUAAGGGGCAAAAAAUAAUAACAAUAAUAAUAACUCAUUUUUUAGAAGCUGUUCCAAGCCGACUUUUCCAGGUUUCUUUUAAAUCACCUUUUUUUUUUCUUUUGUCCAGAUUGCCUUAACAACGUAGCUUGACAAAACUGAUCGGUUUGGGGGGGGGGGGGUACGGAUACAGGGUGGCAUACAGUGAAUGGAUGAAAAUGGCAUAGUAUUUAAAAAAAAAAACACGGCCCAUUAUAACGUUGUACAAACCAUUUCAACCCUCCUCCCCUCAUCCUAACCUGAACCAGCUGGACCUAAAUACCUUCUGCUAGAAAUUGUAUAUUAAUAGGUCUUUAUGCAACCCCUUUCCCGCUUCGUUGGAGGGGCAGGUAAGCUCUUAAUUGGGAAUUUGCAUUUUGCUGGUGCCAUCUCUUACUUGGAGCAAAACCCUGAGGAGCUACUGUCUCUCCCCACCGUUUUCCCCAUUGUCCUGGGCCUCCUAGAGGUCAUCAAGCAGGGGUUAUAUUCUCGCUGCCGUCUCCUUUAGCCUUUCUGCAAUUGUUGGCUGACUAGGAAGGGGGAAGGUGCUUUAAAACACUCUGGCUCGACCUUGGCAAGCUUUUUAAGAUGGGUGGACUUCGACUCCCAGAAUCCCCCUGCCAGCUGUGAGGAAUUCUGGGAGUUGAAGUCCACCCUUCUUAAAAAGCUUGCCAAGGUGGAGCCACUCUACUUUAGACAUAGCAAUGGGAUUCGUACGCCUUGGGGGCUUAUCCUUGGUUUUGUUUCCUUUAAAGCAAUUUCUACUCUUCGCGGUAUCUGUAAAGCCAUUUAUUUGUUCCUUAGGACCGUUUUUUUUUUUUUUAAAAAGCCAUGGUCAAAUUGAAUAUUUAAAACUUGCAUCCCCCCCCCCCACAUCCUUUCUCCCCUUUGGGACACCAAAGACCCCCGUGGAGUUUAUAAGCUUUCCGGCCAUCUGUUUUUUAAAAGCAAUACUGUACUAUAAAGUUCUAUUGCAUGCUUGAGAUCUCCCGCCCCCCCCCCCCUCCCCCCCCCCCCUUUUAAGAUGAGCCUUCCACCCCAAUAUACCUUGGUUUCUUCUUUAGGAACUUAAAAGCUGUCUGCGCACAAGAGUUUUUAUUUUUUUACAAAAAAGGAAAGAAGAAGAAACAACACCCACAAAGGAAAGGAAAAAGCGAGUGAUCUUCACGCCUGACCCUCCAAGCCGGGCUGCUUCUUACUUGGGGAGGCCAACUGGGGUUAGGAAUUGGCACAUUCCAUUUUCCUUUCUUAAAAUUGGGGAUACCUGGAUGGAGGAGAGAUGGACCCCAACCUUCUUUGGGGGGGGGCAUGUGUGAGAGAGACCCCUCUGGUUCGUGGGAGCAGGGGUCGGCCUUCUGAAAGUGCCUGCCAUUGCGGUGUCAGGUGCAACGAGGUAGGGAGGGGGCUCUCGUGCUCUUAAUGGGGGGGGGCGCUUGCAUCUUGGGCUCCGUUUUCUUUGGUGGCAGCAGUGGGAUCCAGAGCUGGGUUCCCCACCCGAUCUCUGUUGCAAAGAUCAAGUAGG